CCGCCCUCCUCUCCUCUCUCCCCGGCUGCCUCCGCCUCUCUCUCCCUGGUCUGUCAUCCACACCGCUGUUGUUGCAGCCAUUUUACCGUGUGGAGCGUCGGCGCAGCGGUGGAGGAUGCCGAAACAGCGCCGUUAAAAGCAGAACUAGAAACAUGGCUGAGGCGGCGCGAGGUCCAGUGGUUUGCCGACCUUUGGCAUUUGCCAAUGAAGACCGGGCAGUUCACUCCUGGUCUCGGAUCUCGUCGGCGGGGCAGAACGUCCUCCUGGAUGCUCUGAAGAUCCUCAGCCCGAUGUCCCGCGACCUCUCGAGCAGUGAAGAGCUGGUCACCUUCCUGAAGGAGCUGGGAGAGGAGGGCCACACGCCCACCGUGCUGCGCAGCAAAGAUGUGUACGGCUACCGCUCCUGCACGAACCAACCGCUGACCACUGACAUGCUGAAGCCACAGAGCAGGAACGUCAGACCCACCGCCAAGAGGAGGGGAAGGAAGCCCCCGGUCAAGAAGAGAGAGGUGCACCCGUCCUGGAACGCCUCUGAGAAGAGUAACCCCAAGAUUCAAGGGAUCCGCCCUCCGGAGCUGCUGGUGGACCGUCGGGCCAUCAUCUGCAGCAGGACACCCAGUCGGACUGUAGAGAUGUCGCAGGCGCUGGAAGUGCGGCCGUGCCUCAGACUGACUAACAUUGAGGGCCUAUCUGGCUUCCAUACGGCCAGACUCCAGAUCCACACUUCCUGGGACUCAUCCUCUGAGGCACCCUCUGUUGCCUUUUCACAGCAACAACACCCUCCAACGCUUUCAGGAAUACCUUUGCAGCCUUCUCACAAUGGUGGUGGGGCGCCCACCAAAGCUGUGGCCUUGUACAGCCAGAAGAGCCUCUCCUGCCCCAUUCGAUUGGACGGCGCCCUCAUCGGAGAUUCUGCACCGGUCUUCUACGCAAAUGGACGGGCGUUCCCAGAGACUUGCACAGAGCUCACCAGCAAUGGCUGGAGGAGCAACGGCGUCCACCGAGAUGGUCGGGGCCCCAAGGAACUAAACAUCCCCACCCGGCAGAGAAACGGCUGGAAGGACAAAAACAGUCAUAGGUGGAAAGUUGUAAAAGUGGAUGACUCUCGCUCUGUGGCCGAGGCUCGCAGAAAAGCGCAAAAGAUCCUACAGGCCAACCUGUCUCCAGUGAUUCAGAUUCACCCUCUCAAUUAUGUGCUGAGAAACUUCAGAUACCAGAAUAAGUGACAAUACACCCCACAACCAUUGUUUCAUUGAGCAGAUGUUAGUGUUUUACAUCCAUUAGACUGUUCCUGGCUGAGCCCCAGUGUUCAUAGCAGACGUCUUACAUGGUUUUUGUGAUCUCUGCUGUGUGUUGGCGGUAGAGAAGUCAGAGUCUGUCUGUGGAAGUUCUGGUUCCUGACAGGGGCACUCGGGAUUGAAAAGCAUUUGAAGUCAGGUGAAGCUUUUCUCAGCAGGCUGGGAAAAGACUAUCGGCCGAAUGCUGGUACAUUUUCACGGUCUACUUUAGUUUACACUAUACAAUACUUCAACCAACCAUCAUUCUGCUUUGAGUUGCCAGCCUGCUAGCCGAUGUUGUGGAUGUAGUUUAGGACGCAGCAUCCGCUGUGACUGUUGGGUUAAAGGUGAAUUUCCUGCCCUUCAACAAGGCACUGGGUGCUCACAGUUGUUUAAAAGAGUAUUUAUAACUCAUUUGAAGUAUCCCGCUGUUUUGUUGAAAAGUAUCUUUUACUUGUAGGGCUUACAAACAGUGCUGUCAGUCUGCAGCGCCCCAUUUUCCACUGGGAAGAAGGAGAAAAUCCCAUUGCACAGAUGAAGUGGUGGAUGAGCAAGGCAGGUGUCCAAAGCCUUCAGACGAGCGGACGUGGUGGUUGGUUGGUCCCAGCAAAACAAAUGAACUAAACAAAAGGAGGGAUAAAAGAGUGUUUAGUUUGUCUUCCUUUUUUUGUAUUUUUGUUGUGUUUCCACUGGAAAUUGGGAAGGCUCUCAGAGCGAGUGCAGCAGGGAAUCAAACCCGUGGCCCAUACAGAGAUAGAUUAAUAUCUGGAUGAUUUGUUUGUCCUUCACAAAGUGUUCCUUUGGUUUAGUUUAUCCACACAAGGAAACAAAAGACUUAUGGAGUAUUUUCAACUGUUGGGGGAUUUGAUGUCUCACAGUAACAUGAACAUGAAUCAAUGAACUGCAGGGUAGGGGACUUGGAGGAAUUCAUCUUUAAUUAUUAAUUCUGGGAAAACAUUGAGAAUUAUGAGAUAACAGAAUUCUGUUUUCAGGCUUAAAAUUUCUCAUUAUCAAACUCAAUCUCUGAAUCCUUUCUUUACAAACUUCCGACUAAUUUCAGUAUUUACUUUCCAAAUUACGGCUUUUCCCCUUAAAAUUCCUCCAUUCAAUGACGUGGCCCUGGUCCACCACCAUAAGUUUAAGGAGUUUUACACCAGAUACAAAAACAACCCUCAGCUGUCGGUCUAGCGCUGCUCAAGAUUUACUUUAGUCCAAUACAUUUCUGUCCUUCACAAGCAACCAACUGCCAUUUGGAGACUUGAUGUAAGGCAUUUGUUUGGCUGAUUUAAAUAUUUGUGGUGAAAUUUGUUAACUUGAGCAGCAGGACUGUUUUGUUUCCUGAAACUGCAGCAUCAGAAAGUUUAAUCUCCCAUCAGAACUCGUCUGUGCCCUGUUGAGUCUUUGGCAGGAAUUGCACUUUGAGAGUGCGACAGUGCGUCAUUGUCGCCCGUUUCCUGAACGUACGUCAUUAAUAUUAUUUUCCUGCAUCACGUAGAAAAUAUGUGAAAUAACAUCAAAAAUUUGGUUUGACUUUGAGACCACACUGGUUUUUGUAACAGGUGCUAACUUUGCAACGUUGGUGCUGAAUUAAAUGACAAGAAUGUCGUAAUUUUUCUGUUUUUCUAGUUCAGAUUAGAGCAUUGAGGAGCCGGGACUUCAACUGAGUUAUUUUCUGUGGGACUGAUAGCACUGUUGCCCUUUGCAGGUUGGGAUGAGCAUGCUAAACUGCCGUGUUCUUUCCAAAGAAUUUCUACUGUGAGGAGCCACCUGAAUCCAUUUUCAUGCUAUCAUCUGUGAGGAACUCCUGUGAUUUCCCCGAAAAGUUUUGUUUGCGAUGUUUGACCACAUUGCACGAGACAAACGUUUGGUUUGACCACAGAAAUCACUUAGUCCACGUACUAGCUUGUGAUGGAGCGUUUACUGAUCUCAAGACCAUUCAAUGUGAAUGAAAGCUCUGGAAAAAGCCAGUAAGGCGACCUUUUAAGUUGUUUUUUGUUGUCCGAUUUCAUUUCUAUUCUUUUUCCAAGAAAAAGAAAAAAACAAGUAUCAAGCAUAUUGAAUACUUCAACCACCAAAUAUUUCAGUCAAAUGUAAAACAGAAAUAAAAUGACCAUCGGAUCAGUAAAAUGACGACCCUUGUUUCAAAAACUACAAAAAAAGAGAUAAAAAAAAUAAAACAGAAUUCUCUGUCAUGUUUAAAUGCUGUUGAAGCUGGUACGGACCACUUGGUAGAAACAACUAACCAAAUUUAAGGUGGAAAUCUGUGCUUUCUGGUUCAAAGUCCAUGCAUUAGUCGGGAAUAAGCAAUCUGUUCCCCUGUUUCAACUGAGGCCACAUCAAUGUUUGUUUGGCUUUACAGAUUUCUCUGUAAAUUCUCUGUUCCUGUGAAUUUUACGUUCUGGAAGAGACUUUGUUUCCUUGCGCCCCCCCCCCCCCCGCGGUCUGUCUGUACGCUGCCUUUUCUAGAUCUUCUAUCUGUUAGUCUUGUUUGUGCCACACUUGUAAAAUAUUGUAUUUCCUACAUGAUCUUUGAAAACUCUUUUUGUUCAAUAAAACUGAUCUGAAAAUAGUUGUUCUCUAAUUUUGAGAAAGUUCAGUUUCAUUACAUUGUUUGAUCAUAUUGGUAAUGUUCUUAGACCCCUGAAUCACGAAGCAAAAAGUCAUGUGUUAUUGAGAAGUAUUUAUAUAUAAAUUACACAAGUUUCUUUGCCAAUUCCAACUUCUUUCUAAGAACUAUAAUUAACAGAAUGCACAAACAGUUUUGUGACUUUCGUUUAAUGGAAAAUUGAAUUGUACGUUGCCUCUCGAAUAGAUCAAAGACCGACUGACAAAAGAUUUGAAAACCGUGGGUCCAAAUCAACAAGAUUAAAUGCUACACGCAAUCUGUCGCAGUACCACAAUAUUUGCUGCAGUACUAUGUGUAUGCCUGACGAGUAAAUUUGACGCUUCCCCAUAACGCUCUGUUCCAUUUGAACUGGGAGGUCGGGAUUUCAACUGGAACGCCAUCUUAGCUCGGAUUUCCGACUGGGAAAGGUGGACGAACCCCGACCUCAAAAUCCAAGAUGGCUACUACACGCAUCAACAGUAAAAAAGCUGUAGUAAUAUGUCUAUUAGCACUUCUUUCAUAUUUGUGUCUCGUUAAAUACUAGCAUAAAGCGUUAUCAAUUGUUAUUGCUAACAAUGACCCCCAAUAAGUUGUCCAACUUGUUGUUCUGGAACACAAUCAACUCGGGUGUGAUUUCAUUACCAGUGCCGACUUCCGAUUCUAACCGAAAGGAAGCACUCGAAACAUCUUUAACCUAAAACAGAUGACGUCACACAUUAUAAUUGGCUGUAUGUGGGAGAGACUAAACUGAGUCGCUUGGCCCAUACUCUGCGUGUGAUUGGCUAGCCCCUUCCAGGCUGUUGCUACAUGCUAACUUUAGCCUAGCUAUGACAGGCACUACGAACUAGACAGACGGAGGAAGAGAGCUUUUGUUCCUGUUGUCCGAAUGUAGGCCACCCGGUCCGAGCAAUGGGACGUUCUGAGAAUUUUUGAGGCGAGAAAUCAACUGUGUAGAUAACGAAUAUAUUGGCAGUUUUACCAACAUUUUGUGAAUGGUUAUGGAUGCAUCUCUACUGACCUAUUGUUGAUUCCCGUAAAGGGAUUAAACUCAUGGAUAUUAAAACAAAUGUGGAAAUUUGGUUUUGAAUGUCCACUUAUCUGGCUGCUGAUUUAUAUUGUUUAUAUAUUUAUUUACCUUUUAUACACUUACUGUUAAUACCUGUUGACAUGUGCAUAGGCCAUAUAUUGUUAGGCUACAUCUCACUAUGCAUAUACUACAUUCCGGUUUCCUGUUUUUUCACUUUGCAAUCAAUGUACACCUGUCUACCACAAAUAUAUGUUAUUUUGUAUUUUUGUUUUAUUUUAUUAAAUAAAUUAUUAAAUAAUUGAAAUGAAUGUUUGUUUGAGCAUUAUUGGAGUGAGACCCAAGAUUUGUCAAUUCCGCAACAUUACAGUUGGUGGCGAUAUUGCUCCGCCCGUCUGCAAUCCGCCAUUAAAAUAAGAAGUAGAAGAAGAAUUGUCAACGCGGAAGUGAAGCCAGGUGAAGUUAAUUAAAAACAUUACCGUGAUCGCUAUAAUGCCGCUUUGUUAAAACAAUUAAAACCAAACAACUGAGACCUAAAAGUUAAGCUAAUGUUUCAGUAAACAAGUUUGUGUGUAAGUCUACUUUAGCUAGCAGGAAGCUAGUUAGCAUCAGGGAUGAAUGGAGGAGAUGGUUGAUGAAAACAAUAUAAUAAACAAGUGCACCUGACAUGUUUACAGGCUGCAUAUUAACCACUUUCCCUCCAUGAAGGAAGAGAAGAAAGACCAUCUUCAUACCUAGUGGAAGCGAAAGGCGUCCGUCUUGUGUUUGAAGACGUAGUAGCCGAGUGCAGCCAACACACACGCCAGCAACAACGACACCAAGAUAGCCGACACUGUGCCGCCUGAGUGGGCGUGGCCUCGGGAAGCAUGAUGGGAGAUCUGGAGACGACAGGAAGAAGAACCUGUUUACAGGAUGUGGAGGAAAGCAAGAUGGCCGCCAACAUUUCUCAUGUAAAAUUACGUCAUCAAAGCCUGAAUGUUUCCAGCGGUAAAUGGGAAGCCAAUGUGCUUAAUUCGUGUUUACAGCACCUUUUAAAAGGAAAAUGAUAUUCAGCGCCACUAUCAGACUCAUCAUGGCGAAAAGAUACAAGAAUUUGCAAGGACAACUGAGACCAGAGAAGUUAAUUCAUUGUUGGCAGGUUCGUCAAAAACAGCAGUUAGUUUUUAGUCGUAGCCAAGAGAUCAGCGAGACAUCUCAAGCUGUUCGUCUGUUUAGUAAAUUAAUUGUUAUUUAACUGUGAAUGUUUUCAGAAUGUACUUAAUUGGAGAUGUAAUUUAUAGGUCAGUGUGCAAUGGUUUAGCUCACUCGAGGGCUGUAUGUGGCCCA